ACUUUUAAAAGGAGGCUAGACGCACAUCUCGAGUUCUACGGUACCGAAGGGCUGUACUCAAGAAGCUUUCCCAAGAUCAGAUGCAGUAUUACUACCUUGAGACCAGAUUAAUUAAUUAAUCGUCUCUCUAUCCUUUCAGGUUUUUCAGAACUGGGAAGAUAAUUGUGACCAUUCCAAACCCAGAACGUAUUCCAAUAAGACAGACAUAGAACCUAAGGAAUCGCAGUUCACUAAUUUUACAACACGAAGUUUGAAGUUUGAAGCAUUGAAGAUUGGAUGGUGACCCUUGAUGGACAGCGCAAACACUGAAUGGCGUUGUGGAUGUAACACGUUCUUAAGUUUACCCGCCUUCCUGUAUGUUCAGCUGAACUUUCCAAGGUGUCUUUUCAAAUGAAUUCUGUUAAUACAUUACUAUUUUUGUGGUAAACUGCAUUUAAGACCAUGGAUGGCAACCCUGUUACUCUUUCCAUCCUUUCAGAUAAAUAUAUUUUCUUCAAUCCGAAUGAAGAUCAAUUCUUACACAUAAAAAAUUGUCUAGAAAGAGAAUUAGACAAUGGUCAAGGUGAAUGUUUCUUGGAAUUGGGUGUUGGAGAUGGACAAUGUCCCGGUCUUACUCCACAAGAAAUGGAUCAAUGUGUAUGUACCGCUGAACGUCUUGCUGAAUGUUUAUCUUCUAAUUUAAUUCACUUACGUGAUCGGUGGAUAACAUCUGGACAAACAACAGUUGUAGGUGUUGCUACAACACCGACACGAUCAUCUGUUGCUUCCAAUAAUAAUAAUAAUAAUAGUCCAUGUCAAAAUAUCUCAUCAGGAGAUAAGCUAGUCAAAGAUGUAAUUGUAAAUGAUGAAAGUCGACUGAAACGAGAUAAAUUUAGUCCAACAGCCAAAAUGAUAAUAUCUGAUCAGAAAUCAUUAAGUGAGGAAGUCAAAACUCCUGCUGCUCUUGCCACUACUAAUGUUAACAGUAAUGGUGCAACAACAACAACAACAACUGGUUGUUUAGUUAAAGAAUAUCUCCUUCGACGAAAAACUGCUUCAGAUGACUUUGUAGAUGUUCGGGUAGCAGUUGUAGGAAAUGUAGAUGCCGGGAAAUCUACUCUACUUGGUGUAUUGACUCAUGGUGAAUUGGAUAAUGGUCGUGGUUUAGCUCGCCUUCGUUUGUUACGUCAUAAGCAUGAAGCAGAGUCUGGACGUACUAGUUCAGUUGCACAUGAUAUACUUGGCUUUAGUUCCAUCGGUCAGGUGGUCAAUAAACCAAUGCAUGGUCACCUAAACUGGUCUGAAAUAUGCGAAGCUUCAGCUAAAGUGAUCACAUUCAUUGAUUUAGCUGGUCAUGAACGUUAUUUGAAGACAACCAUAUUUGGUAUGACUGGACACGCACCAGAUUACGUAAUGUUUAUGGUUGGUGCUAAUGCAGGUGUCAUCGGUAUGGCUAAAGAACACCUGGGUUUAGCAUUAGCUUUGUGUGUACCAGUGUUUGUUGUUGUAACUAAAAUUGAUAUGUGUCCACCGAAUGUAUUACACGAGACAAUGAAUUUAUUAUUUCGUAUAUUGAAAUCACCUGGUUGUAGAAAGAUACCAGCACUGAUAUCUUCAGCUGAUGAUGUCAUCUGUUGUGCAACAAAUUUCACCUCAGAACGUAUGUGCCCAAUUUUUCCAGUAUCAAAUGUCAAUGGAACAAAUUUGGACUUAUUGAAAUUAUUUCUUAACCUGCUUCCAUCACGUUCUGAACCACGCUUAAAUGAAUUUGCCCAUUUUCAAGUAGAUGAAAUAUUUUCUGUUCAAGGUGUUGGUACAGUAAUAUCUGGUACUUGUUUAUCUGGUGUCAUUAGGUUAAAUGACACUUUAUUACUUGGUCCAGAUUUAUCUGGUCAAUUUAAUCCUGUCUCAAUUAAAAGUAUACAGCGUAAACGUUUAUCAGUGAAUUAUGUACGUGGUGGACAGACAGCAUCAUUCGCUUUAAAAAAAUUACGACGUAAUCAAGUUAGAAAGGGUAUGGUAUUGUUAGCACCAGAAUUGAAACCUAAAGCAUGCAUUGAGUUUAUCGCAGAAGUACUGAUAUUACAUCAUCCAACAACUAUAUCUGUCGGUUAUCAAGCAAUGGUUCAUGCUGGUCCAGUACGUCAAACUGCCACUAUAUUAAAAUUGAAUUCACAUGAACGUUUACGUACAGGAGAUAAAGAUAUGGUUGUUUUUCGAUUUAUCAAGUGUCCAGAGUAUUUAUAUAGUGGUUUACGUUUAAUAUUUCGUGAAGGAAAAACAAAAGCUGUUGGUACUGUAAAAGAGCUAGUUCCGUAUAUCGCUCCAAUUCAACAGAAUCCACGUUCUAGAAUGUUUAGAAAGUAUCCUUUCAAGUCAACACAACCAACUUUGAAUGCUGAAAUAGAUGAUACGACAAAACUACAAUCUUCGAUUCCUACACCGACAUCAAAAUCCUCAGAGCUUAUUAAUCCUCCACCUGAUACUGAAUUCCCUAGUACACCAGUCUCUGAUUUAUUAAGCAAUACUACUUCUACUAAUUCAAGGCAACGCCGGCACCAUCGUUUCCGUAAAGAUAUUCAAAAUAACUCAACUUCAGGUUCUGCAAGUAGUACUCAACAGUCCGCAAAAUCAAACAACUAGUUACUCCUUAAAAUGGUACAUUUCAAUUAUAAACUUAAAAUAUUCUUUCAUAACUAAAGAAAUGUUCUUUAUAUAUCCAGUGUUUUGUAGUACAUAAUGAAUCUUCAGUACCUGAUACGUAACAGCUUUUAUUGUUACGUCAUUCAUUUCACUCUAUCUGAGUUAACUACUUAUAAUUAAUUUAAGUAGUGUACUUAUUUUUAACGCAUUAUUGUGUUCAUUGUUGAGUUUUCCUGUUUAAUUGCAUUAACAUUCACUUUUUCAAUCUUCUGAGCGAUUUCUUUCGGAUUAUUCCUUCCAUACAAAUAUGAAAACAUUUGUUUUGUCGUUUGAAAUGUGUCCUUUUAUAUUGCCAUUUUUCCAGAAAAUAAUCGCCAUCUUUUGUUGUUCUUUGCUAUAUUUUCCUGUUUGAGUACGAGCACAAUUUAAAGCGUUUACCCUGUCGUUUUCCUGGCACUGCGAGAUAUGAAGGCUUUUUCUUUUUCAUUACAAAAGAAAAACACCAUCGUAUCGUUAUGUGUUUUUACUUGUUUUGUAUGUGUGUGUGUGUGUGUGUACAUAUGUAAAGUAAUGAAAAUGUCCUUGCAUAUAAUAAAUACCCGAAGAAAUUGAAA